AAUAACACGCGGCGAUAACAACGCAUGCGCACGUGUUUUUCGACUUGCCUGUGCUGUGGUGCGGUCGAAUUGGGCGCUCUGCACGAUCCUUGAAUAAAAAUCAAUUAAAAUCAAAACUCUCUUAACACUUAACGAAAAUGUUCAGCGAGGAUACCAAGGAGCGCCUAUCGUUGGUGAUCGACAUCGGCAAGACCCUCUUCCACUACGGUUUCAUACCCACUGUGCUGUAUUUAGGGUUUAAGAAAGGUGCAGACCAAGGCAUGCCAGAGAUCACUUUAACAAGCUUGCUAUGGUAAAAUAUUCUUCAAUUACUAUGAAGAAUCAUAAACCUAAGGAGCUGCAAGUGCAAAUAUAGACAUUUAAUUCUAUUUUGUUUUAUGUAUAGUUUCCUCUAGAUGAAAGUGUCUGUAGAAAGCAAGAUACAACACAAUAAUAAAUAGAAAUCACAAGUUGAAAAUGCAAACAAAAUCAAUAUUGAAUCAAGAGGAAUAUAAAAACAACAGUAACCACUCCACAGUUUCAGAUAUGAAGGAUAAAUUUAUGUCAGAUUGUUACAUUAUGUUGUGUUUUGAAUAGCAAUAUUCAAAUGACAAUAAUAAAAGUACAUAGAAUGAUUAA